CAUCCAUGUGAAAAUGCUAUUUUCAGGAAGUAAUUUAUCAAUUUAAAACGUUCAUUUUUGUAAAGCUCCCGUUAAUUUUGAGGCUAAUGUGAUAGCGUGGAGUGAAUAUUUGUGAAAUCACGUCGAAAAAGACGGAUAAAACUGAUAUUUUCAUGCGGCAUUUUCACUCCCCCACGUUCAUCGAAACAAACGAAGUUUCAUUAUUUUACCGUUAUGAAGUUGAUUUUUCGAAGGCUCUCAGUGUCGGUGUGUAUUUUGUGAGAUAUUAAUUAAUCAAAAUUUCACCGAAAAUGUUACUGUUUUCGAGAACUAAGCAUACGACUGCUCUUUGGACCUUUUUACCACAUGAAUAAUCGAAAUAAGCCACGAUAUAGUUGUCAUCUGUUAAAAAACAACCAGUUGAAUGAUUUCAUGAGAAUUUUGGCUCAAAUUAUCAUGCAACCUAUUCAAAGAUCAAUCGCAUUCGGAACCUGUCACAACAAUGGUAGAAGAAACGAUCAAAGAAGAGCCGGAGCAGUCCAAAAAGGCCGCUAAGAAAGCAGCCAAAGAUGCCGCCAAAGCUUCUAAAAAAGCAGAACAUAAAGCGGCCGCUGCUGCUGAAAAAGGCCAGCAGGAAACGGUUGGUGUGGAGGACAAAGAUUAUUCCGAGGGUCUGUACGGAGUGAUCAAAAUGAUUCAGAGCACAGACCAACACUCUGAGCGCAAUUUUAUCCCGGUUCAUGAACUGUCACAGUAUCCAAACGAAUCAUUGGUUUGGGUGCGGGGUCGUGUUCAUACCUCACGUAGUAAAGGAAAACAGUGCUUCCUUGUGCUACGCAAACAGAGUAGUACGGUUCAGUGCGUUGUAGCGGUGAACGAUGCCGUGUCGAAGCAAAUGGUCAAAUUCUCGGGAAGUGUUCCCCGUGAAAGCAUAAUCGAUAUAAAAGCUAAGGUGAUACCAGUUUCUAUCAAAAUUGAGGCCUGUACCGAGCAGAACCUGGAGCUACACGUGCAGGAAUUUUAUUUGGUUUCAUCGGCUAAAGCUCAAUUGCCGCUGCAAAUCGAAGAUGCCGCUCGUCCAGAAAAGUCCAACGAUCCGGAGGCACUGAAGAUUCGUGUCAAUCAAGAUACGCGACUGGACAAUCGUGUACUGGAUCUGAGAACGCCGGCAAAUCAAGCCAUCUUCCGCUUGGAGGCGGGAGUGUGCAAAUUGUUCCGUGACAUUCUGACCAAUCAAGGUUUCACCGAAAUCCACACCCCGAAAAUGAUCUCUGCGGCCAGCGAAGGUGGCGCCAACGUGUUUACGGUCAGUUACUUCAAGGACUCUGCGUAUUUGGCACAAUCCCCGCAGUUGUACAAACAGAUGGCGAUUGCGGCCGAUUUUGAAAAGGUGUACACUGUUGGCGCAGUGUUUCGAGCAGAAGAUUCAAAUACCCAUCGGCACUUAACAGAAUUCGUGGGGCUCGAUAUGGAGAUGGCAUUCAAGUAUCACUACCACGAAGUGCUGGACACUAUCGGCAAUACAUUCACGGAGAUGUUCAAAGGUCUACGUGAUAACUACGCUCGUGAGAUCGCCGCCGUCGGUCAACAAUACGACGUGGAACCGUUCAAGUUUUUGGAGCCACCACUGAAGCUGGAAUUCUCCCAAGCAGUCGCUAUGCUUAGAGAAGCGGGGGUUACAAUGGACGAUGAGGAGGAUCUGUCAACGCCAAGCGAGAAGCUGCUGGGAAGACUGGUCAAGGCAAAAUACGACACCGAUUUCUACAUUCUCGAUAAAUUCCCACUGGCGGUGCGACCCUUCUACACGAUGCCCGAUCCCAACAAUGCAAAAUAUUCUAAUUCCUACGACAUGUUUAUGCGAGGAGAGGAAAUUCUGUCCGGUGCGCAACGUAUCCACGAUGCUGACUAUUUAGUUGAACGAGCGAAACAUCACGCAAUUGAUAUAUCGAAAAUUGCCGCCUACAUCGAGGCUUUCCGGUACGGUUGCCCUCCGCACGCCGGAGGUGGUAUCGGUAUGGAACGAGUGGUUAUGCUGUACCUGGGGCUUGACAACAUUCGGAAGACAUCAAUGUUCCCACGCGAUCCCAAGAGACUUACACCAUAAGCGAAAUAUGAUUAGCUUUUUCCUGGCGUCCACGAAUAUACGCAUGGCUUCGGCAGUAACAUGGAAAUCAGAUUCGAGGAGGAAAACGAUGUUUUUUCGUCAUUAUAGAAAACAAAAGACUAAAAUUACUACAAUAAAAGCAAGAAAAGAUAAUGAAACGCACAAUUAUUGCGGACAUACUUAAUUGGAACCUGAAGAAAAAAUGGAUUGGCGUUAUUUUGUGUUUAUGAAAAGCACGAAAAUUUGUAAGAUUAUUACGAAUUUGAGAGAGAGGUGCGAAAGAACGAUUGAGUAAUCGAGACUGCUUUUUCUCUCCUUCAAGCUAUUUGUUUGCAACAAGCAAAACAAUAUUGGAGGCGUUAUUACCUGAAUUAGAAAUAAAGAAUAUGAUUCUUGA